AUGCUUCGCUCCCGUGAUGGCGCUAUUAUCGCAGGUCUGGGCGAGCGGCUAAAUUGGUGGAAAGAGCAUUUUAACGAGCUACUCAAUCAUCUGACUCCACCGACGGAAGGGGUCGCUACUGGUGGGGAUAGUAUACCUGCAGAAGUAAAUAAAGCCGUGCCAGAUGUAUUCGCCUCGUGGGUGCAUCGUGUCUUCAAUGCGGUCUGGCUCUCUGAGGCCUACCCUGCCGAUUGGAGCGAGACCAUUCUACUACCUUUUUUCAAAAAGGGUGAUAGGAGACUCUGCUCGAACUACAGAGGAAUCAGCCUCAUCGACGUCGUGGCCAAAGUAUUUGCAGUGCUUCACCUGCGAAGAUUUCAAGGCAUCCGUGAUCUGCGAACUCGCCCGUCUCAGGGUGGAUUCCGCCCGGGCAGAGGCUGUGUUGAUCAGAUCUUCACCCUGCGGCGCACCCUCCAACAACGCUGGGCAUACCAGCAACCAACAGUCCUCUGCUUCUUCGACUUUGCGGCUGCUUUCGAUUCCGCUGAUAGAGGCUCACUCUGGCGUAUCAUGGAGGCCAAUGGCAUGCCCGCUAAACUCUUUGGUCUCAUCCAGGGCUACAACCGGUCGACGCGAGACCGUGUUCGUCCUUAUGGUGAGGAGUCGGAGACGUUUGAGAAAUUAUAUCUAUCAACUCAAAGUUUUCUACAUCCAACUAAAAAGUCUUUCUUCCCUUUUUUUCAUCCAGAUCUCUCUCUGUCUUACUCUCUCUCUCUCUCUCUCUCUCUCUCUCUCUCUCUCUCUCUCUCUCUCUCUCUCUUAUCCCUUCCCUAUUAA